UGGAGGACUAUGUCGCUGAGAAGGUGAACGACCAGGUGCGACGAGGAUCGAUCCAAAUCGGGAAAAGACAAGGAGAAGAAAUGAAAUUUCAGGCGAUUUUCAACGACCGAGGGGUCAAUCUGUUGGAAAAGCGUUUUCUUCCUGCUCUUGAAAAGGUUGGGAAAACAUGCCACCUGUACUUGGAUAGGAAGCAUGUAAUCUUCCUCCACAACGUUCUUCAUGGGGAUGGUGUCCAAGCAAUUACUCAGUUUGGAAAGGAUACGAUCUUCGCUGAAUACCGAAUUUCAAGUCAAAAUGCAGGCAGGAUUGCCUUCACUAUUGACCUGGGUCUCUUCCUCCGUGCACUGAGGAGCUCUGUAAGCAUGGAUGGCGACGUAUGUCAAGUGAAGCUUGUCAAGAAACGCGCCCGAUCAAGUGGGGUGACAGAAAAAGCAUUACCCUUCCUGACUUUUGAAAGCAAGGGACAUAAAUCUGCGGUAGUGCAGGAUGUGCCAAUCUCACAGCCGUUGACACGUGGAGCUGUCCAAGAACUCCAGGAUGUGCUAGAGUCAGGCCAAGGGCUACCGCAGACUCUUGUCUUGCUUCCGGCCCUUGGACAACUUCAGGGACAUGUUGAUCAACUGAAAAAUGUCGGUGACGUGCUCGAUCUUGCAGUCACGAAAUGUGGGGAUUUCUAUUUGCGCGUGAACACCCCAUUUGUUUCAAUUGGCACAGAAUAUCGAGGUCUUAAAGUCCUUGGAGAUAAAGUCACUCCUCAGAGCAGUGUGAACGAGCCAGUGAAUCCAUCAGGACGGCUACGCGAGGCAAUCAAUCGAGGGGAGGCACAUUCUGUGAAAGUUGCAGUGAAGCACUUCGCAAAAAGCUUGCAGUGUCAUUUGACAAAGCCAGAUCACUCAUUUAUUGGGGUGUCACCUAAUGAGUCCUGCGUCUUGCUGAUGUUUCAAUACUUCCAUUCUGGGAGUUGGGAGGUUGAUGAGAAUCUGCAUAUGCAUUACCGGAUACCUGUGCUUGAUUCUGGGUAAGCGCUUGGGGUGCGUGGGACGAGUUUGUUCCUUGUUGGACAGCGGGCAAGGGGGGAAUCUGCGUGCUGAGGUCUGCCUGCAGUAUGCAACUCAAAAUCCUGCAUUGAUCCUGCAUUGAUCACAUGACAUAGGGGAACCCCUUGCCCAACUGUCAUUUUGACUACCCCGCUGUUGAGUUUGAGAAGGGCAGGGAUUGGACCUCGACUGUUCUGUUCUGUGGGGCAAUUAUCAUGGUGUGUUCCAACCAGGCGUGCGAAGGAGGGGCUGUGAGGGAAAUAAUGUUUGUUGUCAAACUUCUGGCCGUCCAAACGGGGGUCAUUAGUUGAUAAGGACAACGUUAUUGCAAGUGUGCGAAGUUGUAAACUUGCAUGCUUCAUCUGAUCACAUUCGGGAAUUCCUAAGAGGACAUUGGUUGCGGAUGGCUGUAUGUGGCGGGGCAAGGGACGGGAAUUGAAACAUGUGAGAGAUUGCCAAGUGCCAACCAAGAGUUUCAAGCCACCUGAACUACAGAGCUUUGUAUGGUUGUGUGCACAUCUGGUGAGGAGGAUGAGCAGGCGAGAGAAAUGGAAGGAGGUAAAAGAUCAGAGUAGGAGGGGACGAAGGUAAUGGUGGAAGCGAAAGAGGGGGAGAGGAAGAAGGCAUUUAGGAGAUUUUGCAGACUGCAUGCACUUACCAAUCUUCUGGCUCUGGUACCUCAAAAUGACGAUGUGGUACCUAGCUGGUACUCUGAAUGGCAGGACGAGGAGGAGGAAAGGAAUGAGCUGUAUGACUGUUCCUCUUCAUUUCAACAAGUUAGCGUAGGUUCAUGAUACCUGAAUGUUAUUUUGAAUGGUAUACAUAAUCGACAUGCAUCAGCAAGUUGAGAGGUGGCUGAACUGUGCACACGAUUAACUGACCAUAAACAGAUCGUGUUGACCUGGGAACUACUUCCUUUCUUUAUAUUAUACAAGACGA